AUGGCUUCUCAACUCACCGCCGCCGUCUUCGAGGCUGCCGCCCUGGCGGUCAAGAUGAAGUCUCAGGGCGUCGCUAUUCCCAACGGCCACCUUCGUGGCUACGACGCCGCCGCCACCACCGUGACCGACCGCAAUCUCAACAUCUCUCCUGAGCUUCAGCAUGUGCUGAACACCCAUGCGACGGCGACUCCAGGGACGUCGAUCCACGGUUCGUCCCACGCCGUCCACUAUCCUCGCAAACCCGGCUCCGGAGUCGAUCAUCUUGGCGGCGUCAAUGUUGUUGAGGCGAAAGCCUCCGACGAGGGCACAACGCCCAUGUUCCACCUCCUAGCCGAAACCUCGAGCGCCAUCUCGUCCGCAUUGCUUGCGAAGCACCACCUGCCGGGCAUCUUGCUACAGCAUGGGCCCCUGGCGAUCCGCCACAUUACUGCGUACCUCAUUGCUUCGUUGCCGGGAUUCAGCUCGAUACCACCAGCGAAACAGCGGAGGAUCGUGGUUGGGGCUUUGGAGGGGAAGGGUGGGGCCAGCGGCGUGAUGGGAGAGGUGGGUGGCGUCGAUGGAGAUGUCAUCUUUGAGAAGAUUGGCUGGGGACGGUGGGAUGCGAGGAUGAAGGGUGACCCGCCACGGGAACGCCCUGCCGCGCCGAUUUCGCCCCCGCUGUCGGCAAUCAGGUUCGAGAAGGCUGAUCUGUCGGCUUCCCCCACGGAUUCAUCGGGCAUGGUCCAGACGGGAAGCUACACCGAGUCGGGGAUAUUCCAUCAGUCGGAGGAAGAGGGACCCCACAAUGAAGAUGUCGACAUGGCCGACGCUAUGUCGGUGUCUGCCGACUCUUCGGAGGACGAUGACAUGACCGACGAGGAAGAUUGGGCGCAGAUGGGGGCAGCGGCUCUUCGGCGACAAGGGGGGUCACCCAUAACCUCGGAUGGUUGGGACAGCUACGCCCAAUCACCGGCAUCCGGGUUCAUUGCCCACCGGCAUAAGGCGAUCUUCAUCGAAACCGCGGAGCAGAAGCGGGCGAGGGAAGAGAGAGAGGCGGUAGAGGCUUUGGUCAAGCUCAGUUCUGUUUGA